AUGCCUUUAUCAAUGCGUUACCUCUUUGUAAUUUCUGUCUCUAGUGUAAUUAUUUUCAUCGUCUUCAAUUUUGGGGGCGAUCAAAGCUUCCAGAGGCUAAAUAUCUCAGACUCUUUGAUGCUGACUCGAGCUUGCACAUCUUUUAUCAAUGGGAAAACACCUUUCCUGUGGAAAAACAAACUAAUGAUCCAUGAGAAGUGUUCUUGCAAGGAAUACUUGAUCCAGAGCCACUACAGCAACCCUUUAUCUAAGGAAGAAGCUGAAUUUCCCUUGGCAUAUAUAAUGGUCAUCCAUCAUCACUUCAACACCUUUGCAAGGCUCUUCAGGGCUAUUUACAUGCCCCAAAAUAUCUACUGUGUCCAUGUGGAUGAAAAAGCAACAACUGAAUUUAAAGAAGCAGUAGAGCAACUAUUGAGCUGCUUCCCAAAUGCUUUUCUGGCUUCCAAGAUGGAACCAGUUGUCUAUGGUGGGAUCUCCAGGCUCCAGGCUGACCUGAACUGCAUCAAAGAUCUUUCUGCCUUGGAGGUCUCCUGGAAGUACGUUAUCAACACCUGUGGGCAAGACUUCCCCCUGAAAACCAACAAGGAAAUAGUUCAGUGUCUGAAGGGAUUUAAAGGGAAAAAUAUCACUCCAGUAGUGCUGCCCCCGGCUCAUGCAAUUGGACGGACUAAAUAUGUGCACCAAGAGCACCUGGGCAGAGCUUUCCUAUGUGAUAAGAACAACAGCACUGAAACCGCCUCCCCCCAUAACCUCAUGAUUUACUUUGGCUCUGCCCAUGUGGCUCUAUCCAGAGAGUUUGCCGACUUUGUUCUGCAUGACCCACGGGUUGUUGAUGUGCUCCAGUGGUCCAAGGACACUUUCAGUCCUGAUGAGCAUUUCUGGGUGACACUCAAUAGGAUUCCAGAACGUAAUUUGCCAAGAUCCACCACUUGCAUUUCAUAUGUAAAUGAAGAGGCUUCCCGGAGGCUAGGCUGGGCUGGGCUUAGCUGAAUCUCUGCAAACAGCAGGGAUUCAGCCCUGGGGAACUG